GAAGAGAAGUUGAGAAAGAGCAAUUUCUUAACAAGUUGUUGGGGGAUGAUGGGUCAUCUCAGGAUAACUUUAGCGUCUUACCUAUAGUUGGUAUGGGUGGGGUUGGAAAAACCACUCUAGCUAGACUUUUGUAUAAUGAUACAAAGGUGCAGGAUUACUUUGAACCCAAGGCAUGGGUUUGUGUUUCAGAUGAUUUUGAUAUUUUCAAGAUAACUGAUGCUAUCCUUCAAGAUGUGACUAAAGAAAACAAGAAAUUUAAAGAUCUGAAUCAGCUUCAAAAGGCUCUCAGUGAGCAAUUUAAGGACAAACGAUUUCUACUAGUAGUUGAUGAUGUGUGGAGUGAAAAGUAUGCGGAUUGGGAAAACCUAGUGCGCCCAUUUCUAUCAUGUGCUCCUGGAAGUAGGAUAAUCAUGACAACACGUAAGAAUCAAUUGCUCAAACAGAUAGGUUUGCAUAAUGUAGACCAUCUCGAGAGUUUGCCGAAUGAAGAUGCACUGCGUUUAUUUGCAAUACAUGCAUUGGGGGUAGAUAACUUCAACUCACACACGACACUUAAACCGCAAGCUGAAGGUAUUGUGAAAAAGUGUGGUCGUUUGCCUUUGGCUUUAAAGGCAAUUGGAAGGCUUUUAAGGACAAAAACAGAUAGAGAAGACUGGGAUGACGUGUUGAAUAGCGAGAUAUGGGAUGUAGAAAUCGGUAAUGCCACUGAAAGUGGUAAAGAUGUAGAAAAUAGUGACAAGAUUGUUCCGGCACUUAGGAUAAGCUACCAUGAACUUUCUGCAGAUUUGAAGCAGUUGUUUGCAUACUGUUCCUUGUUCCCCAAAGACUUUUUGUUUGACAAGGAGGAGUUGGUAUCAUUGUGGAUGGCAGAAGGGUUUUUGAACCCAUCCAAGUCACCAGAACGCUUGGGCCGUGAAUAUUUUGAAAUUUUAUUAUCAAGGUCAUUUUUCCAACAUGCACCUAAUGAUGAAUCAUUGUUUAUCAUGCAUGAUCUGAUGAAUGACUUGGCCACUUUUGUUGCCGGAGAAUUUUUUCUAAGGUUUGACAAUCAUAUGAAGACAAAGACAGAAGCUUUGGCAAAGUAUCGACAUAUGUCAUUUACUCGCGAGGAGUAUGUAGGUUACCAAAAGUUUGAGGCAUUCAAAGGAGCCAAAAGCUUGAGAACAUUUUUAGCAGUAUCUCUCGGUGUAGAUAAAGGUUGGGUCUCUUAUUACUUAUCCUCUAAGAUUUUGGAUGACUUACUUCCAGAGUUAACAUUGUUAAGGGUCCUUUCUUUGAGUCGUUUUCAGAUAAGUGAGGUACCGGAGUUCAUUGGUACUUUGAAACACUUGCGGUAUCUUAACUUAUCUCGAACAAAUAUAAAAGAGUUACCGGAGAAUGUUGGCAACCUUUAUAAUCUACAGACAUUGAUUGUUUCUGAGUGUCGGGGUUAACUAAGCUGCCUAAAAGUUUCUUAAAUCUUAAAAGGUUACGACAUUUGGACAUAAGAGAUACUCCGUUGGAGAAGCUGCCAUUGGGGAUUGGUGAGUUGGAAAGCCUUCAGACUCUCACCAAGAUCAUCAUUGAAGGAAAUGAUGGCUUUGCAAUAAAUGAGCUCAAGGGAUUAACAAAUCUCCAUGGGAAAGUUUCCAUUGAGGGAUUGCACAAAGUGCAAAGCGCAAAGCAUGCACGGGAGGCGAACUUAUCUCUGAAAAAGAUUACUGGAUUAGAGCUGCAAUGGGUUGAUGUGUUUGAUGGCUCACGAACGGAUACACUUGAAGAGGAAGUUCUCAAUGAGCUGAAACCUAAUAGUGAUACGUUGAAAACGCUUUCAAUGGUGUCAUACGGGGGAACACAAAUUUCAAAUUGGGUUGGUGAUCGCUCCUUUCAUGAGUUGGUUAAUGUGUCAAUA